GACGUAACAUGGGGCAACUACUUGUAUACGUGCAAGAAGUACGCUUUAAAGUAUUUCAGCGUCAAGACCAUGUGGUACUUAGAUGGGUUGCUCUUUAAGUCCCUUUUCGUCUACAGUGUUAUGCACUUUUUCCUACACACCAUCCCUGGCGUCAUCAUCGAUGCUGUUCUGGUCUACAGAAAGAAACCUCGGAUGAUGCAAAAUAUAUAUCGGAAACUUUACAAAGCAGAGAAGAUGCUGCUUUAUUUCAAAAUGAACGAGUGGACUUUCGAAACUGGAAAUCUGAGAGGACUUAUAGGCAGGAUGUCCGACGAGGACAAGAAGAUCUUCUACUGCGACGUCAAGGAUUUCGACUGGGAGGAAUCUUUGGAAUACUACACCCUGGGGUUGAGGAUAUACUUGAUGAAGGACCCCUUAGAGACGCUCCCAGCAGGACAGAAGCUUCGAGUAAGGCUGUACUGGUUACAUCAAUUGACUAAAACCGUAAUAGUCAUCUUUUUGUUGUGGACAGUAUUGGUCAUUUUCUCAUUUAUAUUUAGAUUCGUCUUCUAA